CGCAAAAAUCACGCCACAAUCCGGCCAUGCGCCCGCUUAUCCGAACCGCCUGCCUCCGCGCCCGUGUCCGCGCCAUGGCCACGCUUCCCACCACCGCCGCCUUCCCUGCCACGCGCACCCUCUCCCCUUCCUCCCCUUCGCGCGCCCGUCGCCUGCUCCUCGCCGCCAGCUUCCUCCCCUCCGCGCCGCCGCCGGCCGGGGCGAGGGCGUUCCGGACAUCCGCCGCGGCAGCGGCCGCCCCCGUCGAGGUGGGCGGCGUCAAGAUCGCGCGGGAGGAUGUCGUGAAGGAGGACGAUCCGACCAACAAUGUGCCGGACACGAUUUUCUCCAAGAUUGGUCUCCAGCUCCACAGGAGGGAUGACCACCCUCUGGGGAUUCUGAAGAAUACCAUCUACAAUUACUUUGAUAAAAGUUUUCCUGGGCAGUUUGUCAAGUUCGAUGACCUCUGCCCUCUUGUUUCUACCAAACAGAAUUUUGAUGACGUCUUGGUCCCUGCCGACCAUGUAAGCCGGAGUUACAAUGACACAUACUAUGUUGAUUCUCAAACGGUCUUGAGGUGUCAUACCAGCGCGCAUCAAGCAGAGCUGCUAAGAGAAGGACAUACACACUUCCUUGUAAUUGGUGAUGUUUACCGUAGAGAUUCUAUUGAUUCAACUCACUACCCUGUCUUCCACCAGAUGGAAGGCUUUCGCGUCUUUUCUCCUGAGGACUGGUCAGCUUCUGGCAUGGAUGGGACAGCAUAUGCAGCUACAGACCUCAAGAAAACACUGGAAGGCUUGGCAACACAUUUAUUUGGUGCUGUGGAGAUGCGAUGGGUUGAUACUUACUUCCCAUUCACUAACCCAUCCUUUGAACUGGAAAUAUAUUUUCAGGGUGACUGGUUGGAAGUUCUGGGAUGUGGAGUCACUGAGCAGGAAAUUUUGAAGAGCAAUGGUAGGACAGAUCAUGUUGCAUGGGCCUUCGGACUAGGCUUGGAGCGCCUAGCAAUGGUCCUUUUCGAUAUUCCAGAUAUUCGACUCUUCUGGUCAAAUGAUCAGCGCUUCACGUCCCAGUUUUCCAAAGGCAAGCUUGGAAUCAAGUUCAAGCCAUUCUCAAAGUUUCCACCCUGUUACAAGGAUGUGAGUUUCUGGAUAAAUGAUGCAUUUACAGAGAACAAUUUAUGUGAGGUUGUCAGAGGAAUUGCUGGGGAUCUUGUAGAGGAGGUAAAACUAAUUGACAAUUUCACUAACAAGAAAGGCAUGACUAGUCAUUGCUACAGGAUAGCAUACAGGUCAAUGGAACGCUCGCUCACAGACGAGGAGAUCAACGACAUGCAGUGGAAUGUCAGAGAAGCGGUCAAAAGUAAAUUGGAAGUGGAGCUGAGAUAAAACAGAACUCCUUUCAUAUUACAUUACAACCAGGAACUAACUUUUGUCCCUCUUUGCAUGUAAAUUUAUUGACAAAAUGACAGACUAUAUUAGCUAUAGAGAAAUUAAGUGGGGCCAUUUUGUUGUUUUGUUGACCCACAUCUUAUAUUCUUUUUUAAGGCGAAGAAUUGCAUUCACAUAAUUGGCAUACGCUACGCCUUUGCUACAGUAGACUGUAACAUUGUAAGAAAGAUUGUCUAUUGGUCUCAUUUUGCAUCAAACCAAUAUUCAGCGGAAGUUCAUGAAGAUUUUUUACA